AUGUCUCCUCCUACUCAAUCAGAAAUUCAGCCUGAUGAUCAACAUUUCGGAGAAAACUCUUCCGACUCCGAGGACCCCUUCGACUCCGUCGAUAGAACGGGCUUUCCAGACGACAGAGACAAAAUCAGACCAUGGAAGGACCUGAAUCUUGAACUAGGUGAUGAGUGGGAGCCAGCGAGGUGGAAUGUUCCCGGAAGAAUCUAUAAGAAGAUUUUAGUAGAAGUGGCAGGAUACUUUUCGCUCAUGUCUGGUGCCACCUAA